AUUUAUAUAUAUACAUAUAUAUAUUAUUGAGCUAUAUAUACAGAAUCAUUUUUGCAAACGAGCAAAACCGUAGUUUUAAAAUGGUAGGUGAUAGAUGAAAAUAUCAUUACAUAAAAUUAAAUGAUUUCGAUUCGUGCAUUACAUAUAUUUGAAUUAAAAAAAAGUAGAAGUGACUAUGAAAUCCUUUAUUUCCGGUUCAAAUUGUACCAUGCAAUUAUAUGUACCACGUGAUACACCAUUCAAAACCAACUAAAACUCUAAAGCUAUGGUUUCGCUCAUUUGGAAAAAAGUCUUGUAUAUAAAUAUACGAAUAUAACAAAAAAAUAUUUAACAUCUCUAUUAUUACUUACGAGUUAUGUGAGAUAGAAUAUACAUCAAUGAUGGAAAGAUACGAAAUGAAUAUGAAUUCAAAUAAUUCAGGAUCCACCAUGCAAACUUUAAAUAACAAUACGAUACAUAAUAAUACUGUUAUGAUUAAAAAAGAAAAUCAUACAAUGGACUUGAAAAGGCUUGGCGCAAGAAUCAUAUGUUCUGAUAACAUUACUAGGCAAAACUUAAAUAAGAAGCCAAGUGCGACAACUACGAUUGUGGAUGACGAUGAUCAAUUUUUUAACAAAAUAAAGUUAAAAAUUGACAAGAAUCUUCUAUUACAUUGUAAGGAAAAUUAUAAACCAGGUAUAAAUUAUCAAAGUAUGAAUUUAUUAGAGAGAAAGAGACCUAUAAUUGAUAUAGAGACCCAGAAUGUGAUUAAAAGAUUUAAGAGGGAUACAAAUUAUAUAAAUUCUCAAUCAUCAAAUAAUACAAAUAUUGUACUAUUUAAUCAUAUUGACAAUUUUAUGAAAGAAAAAUAUAAUAUUUCAACAAAUGUUAGUAAGAAAGAUAUUAUUGAACGUAAAAAUAUGUUUUCUCCGAAAUUUCUAAAUACAAAUUUCAGAAUUCCUGCUAGUAAAUACAUAUUUCAGGUGACUUCAAAAUUGCAUACAAAUGUUUUACCGUUACCUACAGAUGAAACAACUAUUCUUCGUGAGGAAUAUGAAGAAUCUUUAUUUUAUGGAAUGAUGUAUCUCACUCCUCCAGAUAGUAAUUCAAUCGAGGCAAAUAUAGAUUCGUAAACUUAUUAUUAUAUUACAUACAAUAUUAAAAUAUCUAAAAGAAACAUUAUAAUAAUUAUCAUAAUACCUAAAAUAAACCGUGUCAAAUUAAAUAUUUUAUUAAAUUACAUAUGUAAGUGGGAGUAAAAACUUUGAUACAUCUUUCCUAAUUGUUGCAAUUUAUAAUUUAUUUCACUCAAAUGUGACAUGAAAAUAUAGAAAUAUAUUGAUACGUGAAUUUUAAAUGUACGCACGUU